AGAGACGCCGGGAAGCCUGGGAGACCGUUCCCAAACUUCUGGAGACCCGCUUGCAGUUUCGCUUUCGGAAUUUUCGGAUCUUUGGGUUUCUAGAGUUGGGUGGGAUUCCGGGAAGAGCAGGGCUCCAGGCGCUGGUCGUACGGAUGCUCGUUCCCCUUUCGGUGCAGUAGUCAGACUUCUCACCACCCCAGCGUCCCCUCCUUUGCGUCCCCGGGUCCCGCGGGCGCGUUCCAGGUCUGGGGCUCCCAGCCCCGCGCGCAGCCCCGGCUCCGGAGAGCGUCGGCCCCGCACCGCGUUUUGUCGGCUCCAGCGGCGCGGCCACCGCGGAUCCGAGUCUACUGGUGGGAAACCGCUUUCGACCAGGGACGACCCUGCUUGAAUCCGCAUCCAUCGCCGCUGCCGUCCUCUUUCCCUCACCCCUCCACCCUCUCACCGACGCCAAGGGACCUGGGGGACCGAUUCGCGUGUCUACACCAAGCAAGUGGAUCCAGGGUUCACCAGCUGAGGUGGCAUUGUUCACCUUUCUCCAUGUACUGGUGCUCAUGAAGGAAGGACUUGCCACCUCUCUGUGUUGGAAACACUGCUCUGAGAAGUAAUUCUUGCUGCAGGAUGCAUUAAGAGAAGAGGAUCCUUACUCACUAGGCAUGGAGAGCAGCUUGUCAGCUUCCAGCAUGCAGGACCCUUCCUCCUCACCCUUGGAAAAACAGCAAAGCUCAGCAAGCGGUAAUGGAGGUCUCGAUUCAGAAGAAGGCUCAAGCCUGGAGGAAAUUGGCUUUAACUGGGGAGAGUAUCUGGAAGAAACAGGUACCAACGCAGCUCCUCACACGUCCUUCAAGCAUGUUGAAAUCAGCCUUCAGAGCAAUUUCCAGCCGGGGAUGAAGUUGGAGGUGGCCAAUAAGAACAACCCAGACACGUACUGGGUGGCCACGGUCAUCACCACCUGUGGGCAGCUGCUGUUGCUACGUUACUGUGGUUACGGUGAGGACCGCCGGGCCGACUUCUGGUGUGACGUGGUGAUCGCGGAUCUCCACCCCGUGGGGUGGUGCACGCAGAACAACAAAGCCUUGAUGCCCCCGGACGGGAGCACUUUGUAACCCAGGCUGACAUCCUUCUGGUGCCAAGCCUGCCUGUGACCUGUUUUCCUCUCUGGAGUUAGUAUGUCGUCAGGAAAUGCACGGCAACUUACUAUCAACCUUAAUAAAAGAAAAUUCUAAGGAAGGUGCAGUUAUGAAAAGAAAACUCAGACAGACCCUGCCUGGAGUAAAUGCCAGUGAUUCUUGGAUUAUCCCUCCUUUUCAUCAUUUGUACCAAUGUGUUGUUCAUGAGAACAGAUCGAGAGUGGGCUACCUUAUUAAAAUAUUUAGCGGAUAAAAUAUUAUGCUAGUAAAUUAUCCUUUGUAACUUCCUACCCAUUUGUUCUUGGGGAAAUUGGACAGUGAUGAAGUUCUCCUUUCAGGUUGGAAAGGUGUACGGCACAUGGAGGAAUGGGCACGGGAUGCACCAGCAGUCGGAGUAGGCAUCUUGUGACAUUGGGUUCUCAACUCCUGGCAUUUAUGCCAGAUUUUGCAUUCGUUCCCACUUGGGCAUUUCUCUCGGGUCUGGAAUAGCAUGAUGCGUACAUGUUUUGGAGGCAUUUGCAUGCAUCAAAUGAACUUGUGC